GAUAUCCAGGCUGUUGGUGAUGAUGCUUUGCUUCAAAAGUACGAAAUCAAGGCCAACGAUGCUAUUCUCGCCGAAGACAAACACAUGGGACUCUACGAAGAUUUGCAGAAACGCAACGCCAAGUACAUUGCAGGUGGUGCCGCCCAAAACACUGCACGAGGCGCCCAGUAUAUCCUUCCCGAUAACUCGGUCGUUUACAUUGGCUGCGUGGGCAAGGACAAGUAUGCCGAUCAGUUGCAAGAAGCCUGCAACAAGGCUGGUGUGCGCACUGAAUACCGCAUCGAUGAGACCCAACCAACUGGAAAGUGCGGUGUUGUUAUCACCGGUCACAACCGCAGCAUGGUCACUCACCUGGCUGCUGCUAAUGAAUACAAGCUUGACCAUCUCAAGCAGCCCCAAGUCUGGUCCCUCGUUGAGAAGGCCCAGGUCUACUAUGUCGGUGGCUUCCACUUGACUGUCUGUGUACCUGCCAUUCUGGCCCUGGCCGAGGAGGCUGCUUCCAAGAACAAGCCUUUUGUCUUCUCUCUCUCCGCCCCAUUCAUCCCUCAAUUCUUCAAAGACCAACUCGACUCCGUGGUUCCUUACACCGACUACCUGAUCGGAAACGAAACCGAGGCUCUUGCUUUCUCCGAGAGCCACGAAUGGGGUAUCACCGACAUCCCUGAUAUCGCGAAGAAGCUUGCGACGCUUGAGAAGAAAAAUACCAAACGCUCUCGUAUCGUCAUCAUCACCCAGGGAACCCUCCCCACCGUCACCGCUGUGACCAAGGCCGAUGGUAGCGUUGAGGUCAAGGAGUACCCAGUUCGUGAAAUCUCCAAGGAUAAGAUCAACGACACCACUGGCGCUGGGUAUGUGUAUCACUGUCAAACCUGUAUCAAACAGCUAACACAUUCAUAGUGACGCUUUUGCUGGUGGAUUGACUGCCGGUAUUGUGCAAGGCAAGACCUUGGAUGAAAGCAUCGACCUUGGUCAAUGGCUCGCCAGCCUGAGCAUCCAGGAGCAGGGACCAUCGUAAGUCUCUCCUGUGUAUUAUUGAUUGAACACGGCUAAUGAGUUCCGUACCUGCUAGAUUCCCCUUCCCCAAGCAAACGU